UCAGGAUAAACAGAGAGGGAACCGAGAGACUUUCCUGAUGAUCUGGUGAGGUUUGCUUUGGCCUAAAAACUGGCACGACCGGUUAAAUAAAUUAAGGUGCAGCCAUAGGACGGAAUAGCAAGUUACCUAUUUAUUAAAAAAGAAAGAAAAGAAUGAGGAAGCUGUCUAUGUACUGAUUAGGAAAGCUCUCCAAGAAAUAUUAAGUGAAACAGGGAGAAAUGCAUUUCAUACGCUGCCAUUUGGAUUUAGAAGAGAGAGAUUCCAUAUCCAUAUUAAUAAUGACAGUCACCUUGUCAGGGGUAUUUCAUGGAAAUGGCUGUUGUAUCUUUUUUAUAAUUGGAUUGUUUCUUCAAAAGAAAAAGUAAUGGCAUCUCACUUAAUGCUCAGAUAGCUCAUAACUUUCACAGGUACCUGCCCGUCAACUUUUCAACACAGUUUACAAAAUAUGGUGACAUUCUUAAAAGACAGUUCAAGUUAGGGCUUCCCUGGUGGUCCAGUGAUUAAGAAUCCGCCUCGCUGUUUCCCGUCGGCACCCCAUUUAAGAUCCUAGUCUCACCAUGGGUUGCCGCCCCACCCGGUGUUACUGGUAUUGUCAGAACACACUGAACCCAAAGUCUGACUUCUGCCAGGGUGUCCCUGAUGCUAAGAUCUGCAUCUUUGACCUGGAACAGAAGAAGGCAAACGUGGAUGGGUUCCCACUCUGUGCCCACACGGUGUCAGACAAGUGUGAGCAACUCUCCUCCAAAGCCCUGGAGGCUGCCCGGGUUUGUGCCAACAAUUCCGUGGUGAAAACAGGGCAAAGAUGGUCUUCACAUCCAAGUGGGGUGCCACCCCUUCCGUGUCAUCGGCAUCAACAAGAUGUGUCCAUCCUCACCAAGCUGCAGAACAAGGAGCACGUGACUGAGGCCCUGCGCAGGGCCAAGUUCAAGUUCCCUGGCCACCAGAAGUGGGAAUUUGCCAAGUUUAACUUGGAUAAAUUUGAAAACAUGGAAGCAGAGUAACAGUUCAUGCCGGAUGGCUGUGGGGUCAGAGACAUCCCUGAUCCUGUUCCCUUGGACAAAUGGUGGGCCCUGCACUCAUGAGAGGCUUGGCGCUGUCUCUUCUUUACUCAUGUCCACCAGUAAAUCCUACUUUCACGUCAAAGCAGACAAACAAAAAAAGGAUCCACCUUGCAAUGCCGGGGACACCAGUUCGAUCCCUGGUCCUGGAACAUCCCACAUGCCACGAAGCAACUAAACCCAAGGACCAAAACUACGUAGGCCACACACCGAAACUGCUGAAGCUCUUGCGUCUAGAGCCUGUGGUCUGCAACAAGAGAAGCCAUGACCCGUGCAGCUCAGUGAAGGAUCUAGAGAUCCCUGCCGCAUCUAGAGAAAGCCUGUGUGCAGCAAUGAAGGCCCAGCACAG